AUGGACUCGCUAUUGUUUCCCAUCGACGUGGGAAAUCACUGGAUUAUGAUUGUGGUAUUCCUUAAAAACAAAAUGGUGGUUUGCUAUGAUGGCAAGCAUAGGAACCACCAACACAUAUUAUCAAGAAUCAAAACAUUCUUGACAGAUUGGGAAAAACAUUCGAGUGUCCAGCUUUCGGUUUGGUGGACAUUACAUGGAACCACACCAACACAUAAAACAACGACUGUGGGCCAUGGAUUCUAG